AUGACGAAUCCAUCUCCUCCUGCAAUUGCUAUUCUCGGAGCUGGGAUCUUCGUCAAAACUCAAUACAUUCCUCGACUGGCUGAGAUCUCCGAUCUCGUCGUCCUGAAAGCGAUUUGGAGCCGUUCUGAGGAAUCUGCGAAAGGAGCUGUGGAGAUAGCGCGAAAGCAUUUUCCAGAAGUGAAGUGCAAAUGGGGAGAUGAAGGUCUCAGUGAGAUCAUUCAAGACAGUUCAAUAGCUGGUGUUGCUGUAGUUGUAGCUGGACAAAGCCAGGUUGAGAUGUCGCUGAAGAUGCUGAAGGCAGGGAAGCACGUCCUUCAAGAGAAGCCAGCUGCUGCUUGUAAGUUGAUCACAGCUCUUGACGUUUUUUUUGUUUUUGUUGCAGCAAUCACCGAGAUAGAAACUGCAAUGACAAGCUAUAGAAAUAUUUCUGCAAAUUCCCCAAGCCGUCCUAUCUGGGCUGUGGCUGAAAAUUAUCGUUUUGAGCCAGCUUUUGUUGAGUUAAAGAAGCUGGUAGCAGAAACUGGGGAUAUGAUGAACGUCCAACUUAUUAUUGAGGGAUCAAUGAACAGUUCGAAUCCUUAUUUCUCAAGCUCCUGGAGACGAAAUUUGGGCGGUGGUUUCAUCUUGGAUAUGGGUGUGCAUUACAUUGCAGGGUUGAGAAUGCUUGUUGGAUGCGAGGUAACAUCAGUCUCAGCCACCACCUCCCAUGUGGAUAAGACUUUACCUGCACCAGACAAUAUAACAUCAAACUUGACGUUUCUUUGCUCCAUAGUCAGCUCGAGAACGGAUGCUCUGGAGUUUUUGUUAUGGUUGUGUCUUCAAGGUCACCAAAGGCAUAUAUUAUGGAGAGUCGUAGGACUAAAGGGCACUGUUCAACUUGAGCGUGGAGUCCAAGAUGGCCGACAUGGUUACAUGGCCACGAUUUACGGGGAAGGAGGGACCUCGAGGACAAUCUUUUACCCCUUCAGCGGAGUGACUGAAGAGCUAAAAGCGUUCUUCUCUGACAUUUCAGAGACUUCAAAGAAGGAACAAGAGCCUCGUCUAUCAUACGUGGAAGGUGCUCGUGACGUUGCUGUUCUUGAAGCAAUGCUCGAGUCUGGUGCAAGAAACGGCGCUGUGGUUACUGUCGCCAAGUUCUAG